AUGGGCGCCGCUGCUGCCAAACUCUUCGCCCGCGAAGGAGCUGCCCAUAUCUAUCUUGUAGACUACAUCGACAAAGAGAUUAACCCUCUUCUCGACUAUCUCAAGCGCACCUACCCUUCCACCAAAGUCCGCUUCUUCAAAGCCGACACUGCCGACCCCCAAGCCAUUUCUUCCAUCAUCGACUCUGCUUUGGAGGCAGAAGGUCGCUUCGACUUUUUCUUCGCGAAUGCAGGCAUUCUCCAGACUGUGGAUCCCACGAAGGUUGCCCAGAAUGGACAUGCUUCUACGACAGCCACGUAUUUGCCAGGGGAGGACGAGUUUAUGGAAGUCGUGAGGGUCAACUCUCUUGGACCUUACAUCGCUAUCAGAUAUGCAUCUGCGGCCAUGGGCAAGGUUUGCCCCGAGAAAGGCAAAUAUACCCCUGGCGGUUCGAUUGUUAUCACCUCCUCUGUGGCUGGUCUCAAGAACAGCGCUGGGCCGAUUCCAUACUCCGCCUCCAAAGCCGCCGUAAUCUCUAUGGCACAGACAUCCGCAUGGGCUUUUGCGGGAAAGAAUAUCCGCGUGAAUGCUGUUUGUCCCGGCGUCAUCGAGACGAACAUGUUAUUGAAUGCUGCCAAGGCCGAUCACAAAGGCUACGGCGGUCAGGAAAAGCUGAACCCUCUUCAACGACAGGGGUUCGGCUUUGAGAUUGCCCACAUGGCGUUGUUCUUGGUGUCCGGUGAGCCAACCGCGUCCAAAGUCUGA